GUAUUUAGUAGGUAUUUUGUUCUUUGCUGAAUGCUAGAGAACGGAAAUCCUAAGUGCUAAAUUGGUCAGACAAUCCAUUCAAGGUGAUUCUGCUACGCAAAGGACGCAAAGGAUAAUCGUGAAAAUAAGUAAGAAACAGACGGCAGUGAUGUCUGGCUCGGACGACGGCCAGGACGCGGAGAGCACGCUGUCUCAGCGGCUGGACCGGUGCCUGCAGCUGGUACAGGAGGUGCGCGACGCCUCGGUGCCCUCCUCCGACCCGGAGCUGCAGAGUACGGUACGCUCGGCGAUCUCGGGCCUGGAGUCGCUCACGCGCCGGGUUUCGUCUGCCGUGUUCUCCAGUAACGAGUCUGUUGAGGAGCUGCCGACCGGCUCCCUGCGCUUCCUGCUGCUGCCGGCCCUGCUGGGAGAGCUCACCUGCCGGCUGGCGCACGAGGACAGGAUGGAGCUGAUCGGUAUAGCGGAGGUGUACUACCGGGACUUUCUACAGCGGUGCCGCGACUACGGUAUAACCGAGGCCGAGAUCCCGGCUCCCCGGUCCCGAGGGGAGGAGCCCGACCCCCCGGCGGCGCGGCACCCGGCGCAGCAGCCGCGCGCGCCCACUAUGAGGGAUCUGGCCACCAUGUCCAAACAGCGGGAGGAGCGACUGAGGAGGUACCGCGAGCAGAAGGAGCUGGAGAAACAGCUGACCGAACUGCAGGAGGCGAUGCGCCGCCCCAGUCCGGACGACGAGACGAUACGCACAUACUAUCUGACGCUGCUGCGCCAGGCCGUCGGUAAGGCGCUGUCCGAACUGCAGAGCCUCGAGCUCGAGAAGCCCAUCCUGGAGCACAUGCAGCACCUCAAGACCAGGGGCGGCGCGGCGGCGGCCGAGUCGCUCCGUUCGCCGGCGUCUGCGCCGCCGCUGCGGCCGGUGGUGAUCACCCGCACUAAGCUGGAGGCGGAGGUGUUUGGCGCCGGCUACAGCAGCCUGCCCACAAUGUCCGUGGAGGAGUUCUACGAACAGAGAGUCAGGGACGGAGUGUUCCCCGGUGGCUGUCAGCAGGCGUCCAACCCCGCCCCUCCGGCCGGCCAGCCGGCCACCGCAGAUGACAAGGACGGGGAACGGGACCGUCUGGAGGAGACGGAUGACGCGGCCGCCCUGGCGCGCGCCCGGCAGCUUGACGAGUACAAGGACACUCACAAACGGGGCGAGGGGAACCGAUACAACAGGAGCUAGGACCGGCCCGCGGCACCGACAGACUAUGUUUUCUAAUGGCGCCGCAGGGGGCUACGCGGUGCGACGGAGCGGCACCUAUAUGUGACGGAUAUAGGUGGCGCUGGCACCCUGCCAUCUAGUGAAGACGCGAUGAACUAUUUCCUGGUGGGGGAACCGGUAUGCAGAGGCAGUUUUUGUUGCGAGAAGUGGCAUGGAUGUGCUGCCAUCUAGCGGUGCUCGGACGCUGUUAAACUUUGUGAGCGCCCGCCAGGUUACGGAAGAUGCGGCCGGCGCCGCUGCUGCCAUCUAUUGAAGGUUGUGCCAAACUCUAGUUCGCCGGUCGCCGCAACGACAGAGCAGGAGGCGGAACUGCGUCUGGUGAAGUCCGGUAGGCAUCUCUGGUUACACGAGAGGAACUGUUCUUGUCUUCGAUUUGGAUUGUCGAAUGAAAGCCCAAACGGUAGGAACUGAAGUAACGUUGGCGGUAAAUGUGGGGAGGGACGUUUGUUCAUCGAUGCUGCUUAUCGUGCAAAUUCUCCCCGUUGUCUCUGUUGGGAUGGUAAUGCAUAAUAGCGUGGAGCUAAAGCGGUGUAGGUGGUGGCAGCACUUCAUUCAGUGCUAAAACAUUCGUUUGUCCAUGAUAAUCACUAUAAUAGAGCAUUGACAAAUUUGCGUACUAUACACAAGUCUUCUAUCAGUAUGUGUUUAUCCAUAUUCGACUAUGCCUCCCUUGAUUUUUUCUUGCUUGACUUUGUAUCAUAGAAAGCCCCAAAUUGAACUUGCUCCUACGCCACCAACGCAUCACCGCAUGUGAAUUUCCACUGAGUAGCUGAGCGAGACAGUUCUCUCAUUUUUCAACGACUUAUCGUUAUUGACAAAGAGUUGGAUGAUUUUCGGCGAACGUUCUCGCAGCUUUGCAGCAUCAAUGUUGCGGUACUUUAUAUUGAUUCUCCUUGAAUGUCAAUAUUUUCCAAUCAUUGCGUCGAUAUAAAAAGUCGUCUACUUCCAUGCUUUUCUUUAUGCCUAGUGCCUACACAGGCUGAGGUUCAAAAUUUGUCAAAAAUCGUGACAGUUAGGCUGCGUUACAUGAUACCGCUGAACGACGAAUCAUUUUGCCGUCUGGGUUUCAGCGAUCGCAGUCUUAUUGUCAGACCUAAGAAAGGUGAAUGUAUCCUACCUGCUUGAAAAGUUUUUGAAAACACGCGUCACCGUUUUGGUUCCGCACCUGGGCGUGUAACGUUAUCCCCAUUUCCACCGUGACGCAGAGUAGGACUGUCAGGGCCUCAUUGUUCACAUCCCGGUACAUUGCUUAUAGGAAAGUACCGUGUGUGCGGUACUCCCGAGUAGGUACGGUACUAUCUCUGUGUUCUCUGCAGGGGCGGGGUACCGCGAAUGAUGUACCCUGGCAUGGCGGGGCGGCACAAUCCCGCCGUGAUUGGAUACAAUCGCCGGCAUGGCAGGGCGGCACAACCAUGGUGUGUUGUGAUUGGAUACAAUCGCUGAGCUGGUGCUAGAUUGGUGGCGUUCGUUUGUUGGAUGAUGGACAUUUCCCAGUGUGUCGAAAGAAGCCUAAAAUUACU